UGCUUUUGUUUUGAAAUGUCCAGACCGGAAGUUUUCCCUCUCACUUCGGCUCACAGAGUAAACCGUGUUAUUAGGCUAAUGUUAAGCCACUAUAACUUGACCUAACGUUAAUGGCUGAGUUUGCAAUGGAUAAACAAGUGUUACCAAAACCGGAAGACCAAGGCUUCAGACUUCCUCUGUCCUCUGUGCGCCUGCUGGUCCCUCCUCUGCGCCUGAUGUCUGCCUUUAUGUGGCAGGUGCUGCAGCAGAAAAACAUAGUGCACUAUGGGAAACUGGAGGAGUUCGUCUCUAUGGUUACGGAGACAGUGCCACACCUGCUGAGUUACAGACAAAGAGUUCAGCUCAUCCUGGGACUGAGGGCACGGAUGAUCUUAGAGAUGUUACACAAGCCAGAGGAUGUGAAACUUGUCCAGGUCCAUUUGGACAAAAUGAGACUUCCUGAUGUUCCAGCUGGAUGCCCAGUAGAUGUCGAUUCAGAUUUGGAGCUCUCUGUGUCGAACUUUAAGGCACUUAUCCUUGCACUGUUGAAGGAUCCUGCAAUAAAAGCUUACUUCUUUCAGGAGGUGUUUCCUGUGGAAUACGGCCCGCGGUACGACACGGCGCUGAAGGAACUAAUGUGGGAACUGCUGUCUUGUCUGGAGAGGCUCUUUCCUGUCCCAGACUUUAAAAAGACUUUAUCCUGGCUCAUUCCUGCCCCUGUUGGUCUGGAUGAAUGCAUGCAGUCUGAACCAAAACACCUGAAAGCACUGUUUCAGCAACACAAACUCAUCGGCAACGUCGACCAUCAAAACUGGACCAAAGGUUCCACAUUAGACACUCUUUCUGCUACCUCAGGGGACUGUAUAAUUUCCUCGCUUUCUGUCCCUCCAUCAACACACAUGGCGGUCACCACCACCGAAUCCAUGGCCUACCACAUCCAGCCGACCACUGUGAACAUCCUGAGCCAGAGUGCCCUCGGCCAGUUGGGCUCCGAGUCCAUCAUUGUGACUGAUUACACUGAGGUCGAGUUGGGCAGUAAUGAAGUGGCUGAAGAAUCGGUGGACAGGUGCGUGGAGGUGCAGACCGGGAGCAGCUCCGAAGUGGAGGUUUUCAGCAACCAAACUGCUGUAGAAGAAGAGGAGAUAAAUACCGUCGAACUUCCCAAAGACCAAGAGAGCAACAGGAACAGUGAGGAGGAGAGAAGUCUUUGUGAGAAAUCUAUACAAUGUGACAUCAGAGACGGAGGUGGAGUAGCAUCCUUCACUGAGCUCAGGACCACGGGUAAUGAUGACUCAGGGUCCACAAAAGCUGAAGGAACUGAAUCUGAUGGAGAAAGACAAAAUAGAGAGCUUAAGGAGACAAAGAAAGAUGCAACGCAGACUUCUGUUUGUCAGGAGGAUGACCAAGAACCUAACACCACUCUUAAUAAGGAUAAGAGCUCGCCUAUAGCAAGCAAGGACCAAGCAGUACCAGUGCGAAGGGGGCGUGGAAGACCGAGGAAGAACGUAGUAGCACCAAAAGCAGUUCAGAACGGGAGACGGGGGAGACGACUCAAAGCUGAAAAAGCCACAGAGGAAAAGAAUAAUGAAGACAUCGGAGAGAAAACAGAUGGAGAGUCCAAGACAGUCGAGGCUGGACACAACGGAAUGGACGUUACAGAGUCGUCUCGCGAUCUAAGCCCACCAAGAUCCCAUAAAGCCGAAGCAUCAGAAAAUCCUCGCGCCCGUUACGUGUGUAACACGUGUGGCCGUAAAUUCACCCGCACGUCCGAUGUCCGGCGCCACCAGUUGACUCAUACGGGUGAGCGUCCGUUCCGUUGUGCUCACUGCGAGAAGACGUUCCAGCAUGCAUGGGACCUGACUAAGCACUGCCGCAAGUUUCACGGCGAAGCCACGUUCUCUUGCCGCCUCUGUCCAAGCCAGUUCAUCAAUUUUCGCGCGUUGACCGCCCACCACAAGAAGAGCCACGCCAGCGAGCUGCCCCACUACUGCUCCAUCUGCGGCCAGGCCAGUCCCAAUGCGGCCGCUCUUGUGCAGCAUCGGAAAACGCACAGCGCCACUCAGCAGUAUCUCUGUGAACAGUGUGGUGAAGGCUUCGACACGUUAUUGCAGCGCUCGAUCCACAGACAGAGCCACCGCAUGCACCGCACGUUUAAAUGUCCGCAGUGCGACAAGACGUACUCGCGACAGGCCGACGUCAAGCGUCAUCUGCUGAGCCACACGGGCGAGCGGCCGCAUCAGUGCAACCUCUGUGGAAAGAGCUUCGCGCUCCGUGCCGGCCUCCAGAAACACCAACUCACUCACACAGGUGAGAGGCCUUUCCCCUGCCCUCAUUGUCCCAAGGCGUUCAACCUGCUCUCCAUUAUGCGUCGACACGAGCGCAUGCACACGGGAGAGCGCCCGUUCCUGUGCUCGCAGUGUGGCAAGCGCUUCCUGUCGCUCGGAGAACUCCUCAAGCACGACAAGUCGCACACGGACGCCAGGCCACACUUGUGCAGUCAGUGCCAGAAGAGCUUCAAGUCCAAGCGGGCCCUGCGCGAGCACGUUCUCAGCCACAGUGGUACGCGCCCAUAUUCCUGCAACUACUGUGACAAGAAAUUCUCCAAGCCUUUCGCUUUGAACCGGCAUCAUUUGAUGCACACAGGCGAGAGACCCUUCGCAUGCUUGCACUGUGGGAAAACCUUCCUGACAUCAGCGGAGUUGGCCUUGCACAAGCGCAUACACACCGGAGAGCGGCCCUACAUCUGCACAGAGUGCCCGUGGAAGUUUCGGAGUUCGUCGGAGUUGGCGCGUCACAGGCGUACACACGGCCAGCAGAGGGCGUACACCUGCAGCUACUGUCCCAAGAUGUACACUAGCACGUCCAAACUGAAAAACCAUAUGCGAAUGCACACCGGGGAGGUCAACACAAAGUGCCCUGAAGACAUUAGCCAUACAGAGGAAGUCCAAGAGGUCAUACUGAUAGAGAAUGACAUGUCUGAUAGCCUCUCAUGACAGACCUGGUGGAAACGUGACCGCGGACACGUUUAUAUUCUCAGUGAACAUCGAAUAGACUGAGACUUGAAUUUGUUUCUGCAAUGAUGUGUAAUGGAUUCACUAUAUAAUGCAUAUUAAACUGAAUAUUCUAUA